UAUGAAUGAAAGAUUGAAUUUGACAGUGUCUUAUUUGUUUGUUUGAUUUAGAAAAUUGUUGGGUUAGAAAAUUUAAUUUAUGUUUUAACCCUAACAUGCCUGAGUUGGAAAUAAAAAGAAAAGCGGACGAGUAUUCCGUAGUUCCUUCCAAAAAAACUCGCCAUGAAAUAUCGGUUAUUGGUACUAGAGAAAAAGCCGUGGUUACCUCAGCGGUACCACGGACGUCUAAUCUAUAUGCGCCUAUAAUGCUACUUGAAGGACAUCAAGGGGAAAUAUUUACAGCCAAAUUCCAUCCCGAAGGAAAGCAUUUAGCGUCGGCUGGCUUCGAUAGGCAAAUCCUACUAUGGAAUGUCUACGGCCAAUGCGAGAAUGUAAUGGUGAUGACAGGACACACGGGUGCCAUCAUGGAACUGUGCUUCUCCCCCGAUGGCUCUCACCUGUACACUUGUGCUACGGACAACACUGUGGCUGUCUGGGAUGUGCCAACUGGACAGAGAAUCAAGAAAUUAAAAGGACAUGCCAAUUUUGUAAAUUCUGUCUCAGGAGCACGACGAGGCCCAGAACUGCUGGUGUCGGCAUCAGACGACAACACAAUCAAGCUGUGGGAUGCCAGGAAGCGGAACCCCAUUGCAUCUUUCGACAGCACAUACCCAGUAACAUCAGUCCUAUUCAACGAUACUGCUGAGAAGAUCAUCUCGGGUGGUGUGGAUAAUGUCAUCAAAGUUUGGGACAUAAGGAAUAAUCAGAUUUCUUAUAAGGUCAAGGGACAUACAGACACCAUUACUGGCAUGUCGCUGUCGUACGACGGGUCAUACCUGCUGUCGAACUCGAUGGACAGCACGCUGCGCAUCUGGGACGUGCGGCCGUUCGCGCCCAGCGAACGCUGCGUCAAGCUCAUGUCCGGCCACCAGCACAACUUCGAGAAGAACCUGCUGCGGUGCUCUUGGUCCCCAGACGGAUCUAAGGUCGCCGCGGGCUCAUCAGAUCGCUUCCUGUAUGUUUGGGACACCACCUCCCGGAGAGUGCUGUACAAGCUGCCAGGCCACAAUGGGUCUGUCAAUGAUGUGGACUUCCACCGAACAGAACCUAUUGUGCUGUCCGCUUCUAGUGAUAAGCAAAUAUAUCUUGGAGAGAUUGACCAUUAGUCCUGUAGUUAGUAUAUUAUAGUAAUUAAGCCCCAGACGAUAAAGCUAUCAGGCUAUCUCGUUCAUACUUACUGAUUAUAAAAUAAUGUCUCCUGCCGCGUUUAUCUGUCUGUUCACGAUAAACUCAAAAAGUAUGUCCAGCAUUUCUUCAGAAUGCAAUCUUCUCGUGUUUUGUAUUCCUUGUUAGGUGAUUCCAUAUUUUAAUGAAAAUGAAAUGUUUAUUUCGAAAUCGCAAAUAUUGUCAGCUUAUGCCGGUUAUACUCUACCGCACAUUGCGUAGUUUGUAUGAGAGUUUUUAUUUGCCGCAAUGAAAAACCAGCAAUGUAUACAGAGUCCGCCGAUUUUUCGCGUACUGUUACCGACAGUUAUAGCCGCCAUUGCACAAUAGUUGCUAAAUGAAUACACACAAUAUAUUUUUUAAAUCAUAAUAAAAUACAUGUAAAUAUGUAACAUAAUUUAUUUUCUAUGCGUCACCGACUACACUUUCAGCUUAAAAUCUGAAAAACAACAUAAUUUAAAUUUAAGUUACGCGCGGGAGCAAACCCAACUACUUAUAACUGAAAUGUGCAGUGUGUUUGUCAGUGUGUCUCACUAUAUGCGAAAAUACUUGAAUAAUCAUUUAACUUGAUUAAACUUUAAUUUUAUCAAAUA